GGAGGUAAUUGAUAAAGGAAGUGGGAGGAAAUAGCAAAAUGAUAUUGAUAACGGGAAUGUUGUUGACAUGUGAAGGUUGGCCGGGUGAUGACCCUUAGGAUUAUCUGGAUGAUCUCUUGGUGGGGGUGGAAUAUCGUAUGGGUAAUGGAGAUGAAGAUAUGGAUAUUGUGUCGAAGUCAAUAUUUCGUAACGGUUUGCCGGGGGGCUGCGAAAUUGGUAUCGGAAGUUGGUAUUAUAUCAAGAAACGCUUCCCGUGGAAAGUAUCGGCCGAUGACUUACACUUGACGGCGAAGAUCAAAGAGUUUGAACGUAUGCCAUAUGAGACGUUGUCCAAGUUCAUCGGACGAGCGAUCGAAUUGUCGGAACAAGCGGACAAGGAACGAUCAAAGAUCUUGUGGGAUCGCCUGUAUAAACGAAUGUGUGAUAGUGGAAAUGAGGGGGCAAAUCUAGGAACGCGUGCCUGACAGAUUUUGUGGAUUAGGAAAGACAACUGACUUCGGACGUUUGAACGCCUCAUGUACAUUCCACGAUGUUUGAAAGUAUAUUAU